CUUUCCCCCCGCUCCUCCUACGUCACCUCUCUCAGCGGACGCGGCCCUCUCACCUAUUUCAUCUCGCAAACACAGCGAUUGUGCUCGGCGAUCUCAUAUCCUCUAAGCGAGCCGUCUUGGACUUUGCUUAGGCUUGCUGGGCUUGGUCUGGGCUGCACGUUGUUGUAUUUGUCCGUGCCUGAAGCACGCCUGAGCUGGUGGGGCGAUAAUUGGGUGGACGAGACGGUGUACAAACAAACGGUCCCCCCAGCGGCUGUAGCAAAGUAGACUCAGCAAGCAAGGCUAUUCGCUCUCCAUAACGGGGCCGCGCAGUCGUCAGGCGCUGCUGUUUUAGGCCACCGAGGCGAUACUCGGAGCAGCUUGCCCUGCCCUGCACGCACCUAGUGCGUUGCAGCACAAGCUUGCCCUUGCGACAUCUCCGUCUCCAUCUUCGUCGUUGCGUCAUACCAGCACGUUUUCUCCGAGUCUUCCGCCGUCGCCUGUUUUUGUGCCGUCUACGGGAUUCCAGCGGGUUUGCGGGUUUACGAGGAGGACGGUUAGGUUUGUGGGUGAAGGAUAGUAAGCUUGUUAGGAAGUAAUCCCUCACUUCGCUCACCACCCGCGUCUUGCUCCUGAACGUUGAAUACUGCCUCUUUCCCCGCCCCUCGUCGCGCCCCCCUACGCAGCUCAUACGGCACCGAAUCCAAAACUCUCACGCAGGCUACGGCAAUUCCGUACCCUCCCUUCAUUCAUCUACAUUUCACUCGCUUGCCCGUCAUUCGUCUCGUCUCGAAUAUACGCAUCGACUCACCAUGAACUAUACCCUCUCCUCUGACGACCCAUUCAACACGACCCUCUCCGCGCACGGCCGCCCCGUGUAUAGCUUCCAGACGUACGCCCCACCCACCGUGCCACGGCUAACAACACUCGUGCUCGCGCUCGAUCCUUCGAGCAGCACCGGGCACACGGUUCCGCCGCGAUCAUCCACACUUCCUCCGCCUCCCCCGUCAUCCAUGUCGAUGAUGUCGUCGGGAUCAAGAAGGUCGCACGGGCCGCCCCACGCGCACGGACACGUCCCAGCGCCGUCGCUGUACUCCACCGCGCCGUCGGCCCUCUCCGAGCUCGCCUCGGUCGCACCUUCGACGUUCUCCCUGCCAUCGUUGAUCCCGGGCUCGCGCUCGCGCCGGGAGCGAGAGCGCGACGCCGACCGCGCAACGAGAGAUAGAGACAGGGCGCAGGCGAACGGGCAGGUGCAGCCGUACGCGUACGAGAACCACUCGCGCGCGCCCAGUGCGCGGGAGAUUGCACGCGACGAGAAGCGCAGGGUGCAUGCGCCGCCGCCCGCCGCCGCUCAGGAGCCGUUUGUCCCGCCGCGCGCGCCGUUUCCGCCGGAUGUGAAGAGGAGGCCUGGGCAGCCGGAUCCGUAUCCACAAGGGCAGCAGCAGUCGCAACCGCAAGAGCAGCAGCAGCAGCAGCAAGAGGAUGUGCGCGGGCACGGGCAUGGGCAUCCGCCGCCGCCGCGGCACGCGUUCAGCUCGGACAAUCUCCACUCCCCGUCUGCGGGCGGCAGACACGACCGGCCGGACCCAAAUCGACGGCGGACGAUGGUAGACGACCGGGAGGGCGGGUCUGUGCAUUCGAGUCGCCCGGGCUCGAGAAUACGGGAGGGAGAUAGGAGGAGCGGGAAGGCGGCGGAGGUGGCGCGGGUGGCGUGGCUUGCGCCUGGGAGGGUGCUCGUGCUGGUGGGUGAGCGGGCGGUUGGGGUGCAUAAGAGGCUUUGGGGAUCAUCACGCACGUUCACAGCUGCCAAUGGCGUCUCGUACAAAUGGUCAUUCACCGAUGACGGCGCUACGCUAACAACAAACGACGGCAAACGCGCACAAGCCGCAACGUACACGAGCGUGCGCGGCAACGGCGUCGGCGCGCGUCUGCAGCUGACACCACACGGGACGUCGAUACGGGACGACAUCUUCGCGACCCUCGUCUGCGUGCUUGGCGAACGAAGAGGUGCGGACAAGAUGGAUGAUGUGCGGUAGCAGGCUUGUUUAUGCGUCGCUUUCUUUCUCCCUCCGCUCUCGAUUUUUAGCGGCUUCCGUUGCCACCUCGUGACGAGUCGGCCUUGUGGGUACAUCUUACCGCCCAGUCCAGUUCGAUUCAUGCUGCGUUUCAAGGACGCAUGGCACCUUGGCGUAGUGCUGCCGUUAUGGCAGUGGAAGAUAGUACAGGCGCGGCUCACGGCGCCAUUUGGUCAACCUUGCCAUCACGCAGCUCGGUCGAGUGGUGUCUCGUAGACCGAGCCCUUUGACGGAGAUGCUUGAUAGCGCGAGCCACAGCGCCGCUGUAACUAGUUCCCCAAGUGCGCUUCACAUUGCCCACUCGGCAUACGCCCCGCGAGCUGCUUAGUCCGGGGUCGCGCUUGGUGUCCACCACGCAAGCCGCGCUCCUCUAGGCCACGAGCUCCAGCUCUGUUUUCCUCUUUCAUCCCGAUCUCAUCGUAUCACAUUGCAUCUCACCCAUCCAUUGAUUCCUUCGGACGUUCUGCACAUCUCAUCCAUAUAUCACUUCUUCUAGGUUGCCGUUUUAUACCAUCUUUCAUAUAUCUUUUACAUGGAUGCGCACUGUUUUCUGUUGUUCUGGUGGUUGCUUUCCUCCCUGUGUUUUUUGC